AUGGACACCAACAGAGCUGCGGUACCUGCUGCAAGCACUCACCAGGGCAACCAGUUCCUGAUCAGUGAAAAGAGCAGCGCUGCCCUCAUGUUUUUGGGCAUCUUUUUAGGUCUGGUGGGGAUUGCUUUCACCACUUUGGGCUGGCAAAAGUACAACUUGACCACCAUAUUGGACUGGACACAACUCCUGGAUCCCAUCUUGAUCUCUGUAGGGGGGACAUUUAUGCUCACCAGUGUCUUGAAGUUAGUUAUGAGCUGUGCUUCACAAAAUGAAGAUAUCACAGAGUCGGCAAGGCAUUCGUUUACAUUAAAUCAUCAAAUUGUGUUACACAACGGUGUGACUUGUAUCCCAGCUUCUAAUAACUUCAGGCAGCCAGAGCUGGGUCCCUCUUCAACAGUCCUCCAUGAUGCACCUGUAACUCCAAGUGAGCCUCCUCCGCAGUAUGACACACUAUAUACAGACAAUAGAGCACCUGAGGGCUCCCAAGCAAAUGUCAGGAGCCAAAAGACUCUUGAAGAAGUCCACUCUGAGGCUGAGACCAGCCCUACCUGUGAGAGCCCCCCUGCGUAUGAGGACAUCUACCCUUCCACAAACUAAUAUGUUUUGUUGAAUGACUGAACUAUGUCAUGAUGUAAAUAUGAAUGGCCACUGUUUUACUUUGCACUGCUAAUCCAAACAGCCCUACCCUCAGUGGCAUCCAAGAAGUCAUACUGUUUCUUCCUGCUGUUAUCAUACACUUAGCACAAUAAUUAUGUAUGAAGUCAUACAUCCCACUAAGCUCAGCCUCCCUGAACGAAAGCCUCAUUAAAACCAGAUUUAUGAACGAGAUAAAUUUGAGGUUUUGAAAAUACUUUAAUUUGAUAGGCAUAUUAUCUGACGU